AUGGUUGUCACAUCCUCUCUCCAAGAAGACUCCGAUGGGCUGAAAAUAACCGAAAUAAGUUUUGUCAAAAUGUUUUAUGAUAUGGAUCUGGAAAGAAAAACUCACUGGAAGGAGAAUAGCGAGGAGAAUCUUUGGAAUGUCGCUGCAGGCGAGGAUGACGUAGCAGGCGUGGAUGAUUCCUGGGAUGUAUCCGAGGAUGGUGAGAAGAAUGUUGAUUGCCAAGUGGUAAGUGCAUCCCUUCUCCAUCCAGACUCCGAUUGGCUGAAAAUAGAGAUAGGUGAUUCUGUGAUCAGUUGCACUAUGAAUUAUCUUACUGGAAGAAGAAGAGCGCAGAGGAACUUUGGAAUGUCAGUGCAAGUGAGAGCCAUGGCUGCAGAGAUGAGUUCUGAAAUGAUAUGA